CCAUCCAGGAACUGGAACAGUAUGCUGUCCUGCUAUCACUGCGACGUUAUCGCGAGGAACACUGAUGUUGCUUCUGGGGGUGGGUGGCAUGAAAAAGCUCUUUAUGAAAGCCAUAAAAACGUCAAUUAUUUCGGAUUUUGAUCUCACAUUUCAUUGUGAGAUAUAGUUUGUUGCUUCGCAUCUGUGGAUGACGCUGGAUCACAAUUUCAGCACAUGGACAGUUCCUGGUCAUUAACCUAUACUGGACACAUGGAGUCCAUAACGUGUUUAUGGGGAAACCCUGUGAGCAGGCGCGAUUUGUGCACUAGAAUGCCCUCCUUCCGUUACAAAGAUGCCAUUAUCUGAAUAUGUGGAUAGUGGUGGACAUUUAAUAGCGCCUUCGUGAAGGAUGAGGCUUGCAGUAAGGAUCGGGCUUUUUCGUUGUGCCCUGUAUUCUAAGCAGCAGCACGGGUACUUGGCCAAUGCAAAUCUGGAGAGGAUAGCAGCAGCCUACACACAGCAAGAACCGAGCCUUGCUCACACUGAUCAUCGACAAGGGAGACAUUACCAUCAUCAUUAGGAGGGCAUGGAAGUCACGACCAUACUUUCAACAAUGUAGAGCAUUAAAGGUGUGAUAUGAGCCAAGUCUCUAAUCUCUGGUGAAAUUAGGAGUAACAAUCGUGUCGACGUCCAUUCACAGAAACAAUACAGCAACAUGAGCAAGCCACAGGCCCUUCCCCAGGCCCAGGCCAGAGCCUCAGAGCUGGAGGUGAUCUCCCAGCAGGUGGAGGAGGACAACCAGUGUCAAAAUCCGGUCCAGCUAGGCAGCUUUGCUUACAGAGACCUGCCUCUGGCCGCACUGGACAUCUCCCUGGCCGGUUCCCAGCUCAUCUCUAACCUGGACGAAGAGGACAACAGAGAGGGGUCUAACUGGCUGAAGCCGUGCUGUGGGCGGAGGGCAGCCCCGUGGCAGGUGUGUCUGCUAAGUGCUGGCUUUAACUGUUUCCUGGUGGCCUGUGUCAUCCUGGUGGUGGUGCUGCUGUGUCUGGAGCUGCUCAUCGACACCAAACUCCUGCAGUUUAACAACGCGUUGCAGUUUGCCAGCAUUAUCCACUGGAUCAGCCUGGUCAUUCUGUCUGUGUUCUUUGCUGAGACGGUGUUCAGGAUUGUGGUGCUGGGGAUCUGGGAUUACAUUGAGAACAAAGUGGAGGUGUUUGAUGGUGCAGUCAUAGUGCUGUCGCUGGCCCCCAUGGUGGCCUCAACGGUGGCCAACGGCCCCAGCAGCCCCUGGGACGCCAUUGGUCUCAUCAUCACCCUGCGCAUCUGGAGAAUCAAGAGGAUAACUGACGCCUACGUGCUGCAGGUGAAGGUGGAGAUGGAGAUGGAGAUCCAGCAGUAUGAGAAGGCCAAGGCUGUCAGGGAGGAGCAGCUGGAGAGACUCACCCAGAUCUGCCAGGAGCAGGCAUUUGAGAUCAGGCAGCUGCGGGCCCAUCUGGCUCAGCAGGAUUUGGACCUGGUAGCAGAGCGAGAGGCUGCCAUGCAGAUUCACCAUGUGUGGGGAAAGCAGUGCAGUAUCUUUCAGGAGGUGGACGGCCUAGCCCCUACAGGCCCCGAAAAGCGCAGCCAGGCUAAAGCCAGGGAGGCAGCGGGCCCUGGAGAUCAUGUUAUUCAAGACGACAUGAACAACUACAUCAGCCAGUACUACAGUGAGGCAAGCAGUGAUAUUGGAAUCCCAGAUCCAGCUCGUGUCAUCACCGCAGCCAUAGACAUCCAUCUUCCCAACAACCCCAGCCAGCAGCCCUCGUCUCUGGUGAGUGCAGACGCAGCGUCCAUCCGCCUGCAGCAGACAGGCAGCUCUGUGAGCGAGGCCUCCAACGCCACCAUGUCCCACUCCAGCUUCAGCGCCCGCCAGCACAGCAUCAGCAGCCACACCCUUGGCUCCACCACCGACUGCAGUUCCACCGUCCGUGAGGCUUCCACCUCCACAGACUCCUACAGCGGCCAGCGCUGUUACCCCCCACCCUACUGCAGCCCCCUGGCCCUGGGCACACAGCCUGGCCCCAGAGGACACCCCAGCACCGUGGUGCAGGAGUUGCUCUCCUCGCUGUCUGAGGACUCCUGUCUGGGCCAGAAGGGCCUGGACCCUGUCAACCUCAAAAUGCCCAGCCCUGCUGGCUCCACCAAGACCAGCCCUGAGCUGGAGCACAGGCUCAACAUCUACAACAAGAGGAACCAGGAGAGCCGGGGAGGCUUCCACACCAAGCCCCUCAUCCACCUGCAGGCCAGUGAGCCCUUCAUGGAGAAGUACAGGCUAUCUCAGGCAGAUGCCCCUGUCAACCGUCUGCCUGAGACAUAGGAAAGGGCUACAGGGGUACUGUAACUCUCAGACAGCACUGACUCACUCCUCAAAGACCCUCCUGAAACUCACUAACACUAAAGACAUGCACUCAGAGGCCUCCUCCACUGGCAUACAGCCAUCCUCCUCAUCGCCAAAAGCACCCUGGAACUGUGAAUUGUGGCUCCGCCAGCAGCGCACAUCUUCCAUGGAGUACAAUAAGGCAAUUUAGUGAACACGCAAUGAACAUUAUCAGGAAUUGACACAAUAAAUGAGUAUAUGAAAAAGUCACAAAAAGAAACCAGCAAUGGAGCAUUAGGCCCAGCUAGGAGACAGCAGGGCUCUGCAGAAAUGGGACUGGCUCUGACUUUUACAGUGCCUUCAGAAAGUAUUUACACCACUUGUCUCUUCCCACAUUUUGUUGCGUCAUUGGCCUACACACAAUACCCCAUAAUGUCAAAGUGGAAUUCUGUUUUUAGACAUUUUUACAAAUGAAUGACAAAUGAAAAGCUAACAUUUCUUGAGUCAAUACAUUUUCAACCCCUUUGUUAUGGCAAGCUUAAAUAAAUUCAGGAGUAAACAUUUGCUUAAUAAGUUGCAUGGACUCACUGUGUGUAAUUAUAGGUGUUUAACAUGAUUUUUGAAUGACUACCUCAUCUCUGUACCCCACAGAUACAAUUAUCUGUAAGGUCCCACAGUCGUGCAGUAAAUUUCAAAUGGAUUCAACCACAAAGACCAGGGAGGUUUUUCAAUGCCUCGCAAAGGGCACAUUGGUAGAUGGGUAAAAAAACAAACAGACAUCGAAUAUCCCUUUGAGCAUGGUGAAGUUAUAAAUUAUGCCAAUGGUGACUUCAAAACAGUUAGAGUUUAAUGGCUGUGAUAGGAGAAAACUGAGGAUGGAUCAACAACAUUGUAGUUACUCCACAAUACUAAUCUAAAUGACAGUUAAAAGAAAGCCUGUACAGAAUACUCUAAAACAAGCAUUCUGUUAAGGCACUAAAGUAAAACUGCAAAAAAUGUGGCAACGAAAUUAACUUCAUGUCCUGAACACACAGCAUUAUGUUUGGACCAAAUAUAUCAUCAUCAUCGAGUACCACCAUUCAUAUUUUCAAGCAUGGUGGUGGCUGCAUCAUGUUAUGGGUAUGCUGUCAUCGGCAAGGACGAGGGAGUUUAGAAUAAAAAUGAACAGAAAAGAGCUAAGCACAGGCAAAAUCCUAGAUAAAAAACUGGUUCAGUCUGCUUUCCAAUCAGACAUUGGGAGACAAAUUCACUUUUCAGCAGGACAACCUAAAAACAAAGCCAAAUAUAUAGUGGAGUUGCUUACCAAGACAACAUUGAAUGUUCCUGAGGCCUAGUUUCAGUUUUGACUUAAAUCGGCUUGAAGAUCUAUGGCAAGACUUGAAAAUGGAUGUCUAGCAAUGAUCAACAACCAACUUGACAGAGCUUGAAUCACUUUUAAAAGAAUGUGCAAAUAUUGUACAAUCCAGCUGUAAAUCGCUGCCAAAGGUGAUUCUAACAUGUGUUGACUCAGGGGUGUGAAUUCUUACACUACCGAUCAAAAGUUUUGGGUUAUUUAGAAAUGUCCUUGUUUUUGAAAAAUUAAAAUAAUGUUUUUUGUCCAUUAAAAUAUCAUCAAAUUGAUCAGAAAUACAGUGUAGCCAUUGUUAAUGUUGUAAAUGACUAUUGUAGCUAGAAACUGACAGAUUUUUUUAUGUAAUAUCUACAUAGGCCCAUUAUCAGCAACCAUCACUCCUGUGUUCCAAUGGCACGUUGUGUUAGCUAAUCCAAGUUUACCAUUUUAAAAAGGCUAAUUGAUCAUUAGAAAACCCUUUUGCAAUUAUGUUAGCACAGCUGAAAACUGUUGUUCUGAUUAAAGAAGCAAUAAAACUGGCCUUCUUUAGACUAGUUGAGUAUCUGGAGCAUCAGCAUUUGUGGGUUCAAUUACAGGCUCAAAAUGGCCAGAAACAAAGACCUUUCUUCUGAAACUCAUCAGUCUAUUCUUGUUCUGAGAAAUUAAGGCUACUCCAAGCGAGACAUUGCCAAGAAACUGAAGAUCUCGUACAACGCUGUGUACUACUCCCUUCACAGAACAGCGCAAACUGACUCUAACCAGGUUAGACUGACGAGUUUCAGAAGUUCUUUGUUUCUGGCCAAGUGUGUUGAUGGGUGAGGGAAAAAAAGUAUAUUUAAUCCAUUUUAAAUUCAGGCUGUAACACAAUGUGGAAUAAGUCAAGUGGUAUGAAUACUUUUUGAAAGCACUGUACAUUUGAUAUCAUUUAGGGAUCGGGCUGUGUGGAUGUGGAACUGAGUGGUUUGUCUAAAAUACUUGAUAUGGGACUGGAGAUGCUAGAAUGAUCACACUUAGACAUUUAACAAACAUAGUUCAAAAGUCAGCCUGAUGUCUCCAGACCCCAACAUUAAGUACAGUCCUCUCUGUUCGGACUGCUGCUGUGUACAUUUAAUCUGUUCAAAUGUGUUGUGUUCCUAGUUUAUUUCUUACCUUAGUCAUUCUACAUUAUCACUGCUAAUGUUAGUAUUCAAAUGAUGACAAAAAAAGCUCAGUGAAAUCAUAAGCCAGACACCAGAACAAUUGAGGGACAUUUCAGCUACCAAAUCUGGAGGGUUUGUAAUUGAAGUUGUGCAAAGUGUUAUCAGAAAAAAACGUAUUAUAGCAUAAAUCUUCGAUAUGGCAAACUACCCUGUGCACUUUAAUGCCAACAGGCAUUUUGUAAGUUGAACAUGAAGGGAAUUCAUUGCAGAGUAAAGCAAUUAAAAGGCAAACAUGGUAAAAGAACAGCCAUUUACAGUCAGUUUCAUCAUUAUACCAAGAGCUUUUGGUAUAAAAAAAAAAAAGUUAAUAAGUGAGGAGGCAGGUUUAGACUUCCCAAACAUGACCUCUGUGACGCUACGUUAAAUACAAAAUAUGCAUUAAUAGGGAUAAAAAUAUCACCUACGCCAGGUAAGCAGAACAUUAUUUGUGGCAUUUUCAUACAUAAAAACAGACCGUUUGUAAACAGAGUUUUAUUCUGUAGCCCUUUAGGUAGAAUGAUGAUAACAUUAUUAGUGUCCCCAAAAUAGUAGCUCCAGAAACCAUUUAAGGCAGAGGUUACAGGAGAGUUGUAACUGUGUGGUUACAGUCUUAGUACCCAGGUAAGAGUGGUGGGAUGGCUGCUUAGCUGAACGCUGGCUUACUUGUUCAAUGCUGCAGUCAUCUCAGGCACAGCCUAGUGAGAGAAAAACAGAGGAGUUUAAGAUGGUUACACCUCCCUAAGCAGGUCGACACAAUGGACAUGGUGUAAGCUUGCGACAUGGAAAUGGAGGGUUGAGCUUUGCUAUAACUGUCAGUGUUUAGUCUCAUGGUUUUGGGGUGACACCACUUAAGAUCAAUUAAUUGAUAAACCAAUUAAAAUCUGAGUGUAACUGUGCAUGAGGGGCAUGAGCGAGGGUAUCUGACAAACUAUAUCAGUAGCACUUGAGUCGAGUGUGUCCCGGAGAUCAGUUUUCAAUUGAAGGAAGAGGAGAAAGCCCAUACAUUUUAAUCGGUUAUCCGAGGAGUGAUCACAUGUAAGAUGAUAACCAGCAGGUCACAACUCUGCUGCCACGAGCUAUUAUUACCAGUCACUUUUACAGAGUUUACCCAGAACACCUGGGCCUCUCACACACCCCCACAGUAAAUAAAAGAUGAACAACAGGACACAUACACACGAAAAUAAAAGCUCCUUCUCUUUCACCAAAAGCAAAGGCCCUCUUGUCCAAGAGUUUGUCAACCCUCUGGCACACUGGCCAUAUGUGCCAGCCAGACAGUAGAGGGCAGCUAAGCAUGUAAAGUACUGACACUAGGGAAGAGAAAAUAAAACCUGAGAACUUACACCCAGCCACUUAAGUUAACUAUCGAUUUCUUUUUAUGGUUUGAAGGAGAGCUGUUGUUGCAUCUUAACAGAGCAGCAGGCUCUGGCCACAAUUCACCUGAUUAAUUCAGCACCUCAAUAAUUCAACAGAUGCACCUUUCCAUUAGGAGGGAUAAUAAUUUGUCUUGCAAAAUGUAUCAGGGAAACAGUGAAUAGAAUUGUCUGUCACUUUUGUCAUGUUAUUGAAAUGCCUCUUGCUGAUCAGGUAUUCAGCGCUGUGCAGGAGGCUGGUGCAGUGUUGGGUUUGUUUCAGUCAUGGCAAGGGUGUUUGGUAAUCAGCCUGCUAUCUCACCUUAAAGAGAUCAGCCACUAGACCAUAGUCAGCCACCUGGAAGAUGGGAGCCUCUGGGUCCUUGUUAAUGACAACAAUAGUCUGCAGAAUAAAACGUAGUCCAAAAUAUCAGAA